AUGGCGAGAAAAGCUAACAAUAGUCUGUUUCUCGAAGAAUGGUUAAGGGGUGUGAGUGGAAGUAGUGUCUCUAGUGGUUUGGUGAAGCAGAAUUCUGUUCCGUCUGCGAGGUCAAUUAUUCAAGCAUGGUCUGAGAUUCGAGAAUCUGUACAAAACCUGAAGUUCGAUACACGUUAUCUUCAAGCUUUGAGAGCUCUGGUUAGCUCUGAGUCUACUAUCCAUGUUGCUGAUCCACAAGCAAAGCUUCUUGUUUCUAUACUAGCUUUACGAGAUGUUUCUCUUCCGGUUGAGUCUUACACACUUGUUCUUAGACUACUGUAUGUGUGGAUUAGGAAAUCAUUUCGACCGUCUCAAGCUCUUGUUGGUUCUGCGGUUCAGGCCAUUCGUGGCGUUCUUGAUGACAGGCGUAAUCUCCAACCAGAACCAGCCUUUGUAGCGCAAAGCGUUCUGGUCGCUGGUGCAUUUGCUUGUGUUCCUUCUCUAUCAGGAGACUUGAAAGCCCUAUGCUUGGAAUUGUUAUGCAGGAUUGUGGAAGAAAAGUACUCACUGGUGGGAUCUCAAGAAGAACUUGUUCCUGUAGUGUUUGCAGGAGUAGGGUACGGUCUAUCUUCUUCGUUGGAUGUUCAUUACGUCAGGCUAUUGGAUUUCUUGUUUGGCAUUUGGUUGAAAGAAGAGGAUCCUCGUGGCAGUGUCACUCAUGGUCUGAUGAUUUUACAUUUGAUCGAGUGGGUUGUGUCAGGUUAUAUGAGGUCUAAUAAUGUCGAUAAAAUGUCUCGUUUUAAGAGCGAAGUACUAGAGACAUCCAAGGCAAACUAUACUGUUUUUGCCGUCUUCAUGGCAGCAGCCGGGGUACUGAGAGCUUCCACGGGAGGAUUCAGUAGUGGUGCACAGAGUUUUGAGAUUAUUUCUAAACUAAGAAAUUCAGCGGAGAAGCGUAUGGAAUCUGUAGCUCAGCUUUUAGUUUCUAAUGGUAAUGUUACACUUCCAACCACACAGGGAAAAGUUCCCUUGUUGAAGUGCGUUGCUAUAGCAUUGGCUCGAUGUGGGUCUGUUUCUUCCUCUGUUCCUCUGCUUUUGUGCCUUGCUUCUUCAUUGUUAACUCAGGUAUUUCCUUUAGGCCAGAUAUAUGAAUCAUUUUGCAAAGAUCCUAUUGGUCCAAGACUCAAUUGGGUCAGGGAGCAUCUUUCUGACGUUCUCUAUAAGGAAUCAGGGGCCAUAACUGGGGCUUUCUGCAAUCAAUAUUCAUCAGCAAGUGAAGAGAACAAAUAUAUCGUGGAGAAUAUGAUUUGGGAUUUCUGUCAAAAGCUCUACUUACAACACCGUCAAAUCGCUCUGUUGCUUCGUGGUAUAGAAGAUAUAUUACUUGGAGACAUAGAGAAAAUUGCAGAAUCAUCUUUCCUUAUGGUUGUCGUCUUUGCGCUAGCUGUUAUGAAACAACGGCUAAAUCCAAUAGAGUCGACAGAAAUAAAGAUGGAGACAUCAGUCAAGAUAUUAGUUGCGUUCUCUUGUUUAGAAUAUUUUAGGCAUAUUCGUUUACCUGAAUACAUGGAGACCAUUAGGGAGGUGAUUUCAUGUGUCCAGGAGAAUGAUGCUACUUGUGUUUCAUUUGUAGAGUCCAUUCCUGCCUAUGAUAGCCUGACGAAUCCGCAAGACUUGUUUACGCGGAGGAUAGAAUAUGAAUGGUCUAGAGAUGAGGUGCAGACAUCUCGAAUAUUGUUUUAUCUUCGAGUAAUCCCAACUUGCAUUGGACGGUUAUCUGCUUCUGCCUUCAGGAGGGUCGUUGCAUCAACCAUGUUUUUGUAUAUUGGACAUCCUAACAGAAAAGUGGCGCGAGCAUCUCAUACCUUGCUGGUAGCAUUUCUGUCUUCAGCUAAGGAAUCAGAGGAGGACGAAAGAAAUCAACUCAAAGAACAACUUGUUUUCUAUUACAUGCAACGAUCUUUGGAGGUUUAUCCUGAGAUCACACCAUUUGAAGGUUUAGCUUCAGGCGUUGCAGCCUUGGUCAGGUAUCUACCUGCAGGAAGUCCUGCCAUAUUUUAUUCUAUUCACAGCCUUGUUGAGAAGACUUGUACAAUUAACACUGAUCCUUGGGAAGAUCCGCAAGGAAGAAAGUCUGAUUCCGGUGAUCAAAUUCUCGAGUUGCUUCUGCGACUUGUCUCUUUGGUUGAUAUACAAGUGUUGCCAUAUCUGAUGAAGUCAUUGGCACAGCUAAUUAUAAAGUUACCAAAAGAAAGACAAAACAUGGUGCUUGGUGAAUUGUAUAGUCAAGUGGCUGAGUCCGACGAUGUGAUUCGUAAGCCAUCUUUGGUCUCUUGGUUACAGUCACUCAACUACUUAUGUUCGAAUAAACGAACUAAAGGCUCAGCUCCUGGACCAACGGUAGACACUUCGAACCAGUUGGCUGCUCGGCUCUAG